AUGAUGCUGCUGCUGCUGCUGCUGCACAUUCUGCUGCUGGUACCCCCGCAAGCAGGCGGGGUUACCUUCCCGAGCAGCAGGAGCUGCAGCAGCAGGAGCUGCAGCAGCAGAAGCUGCAGCAGCAGCCUCUAUAUCAGCAGCAGCAGCAGCAGCAGCAGCAGCGCAGCAGGGUUGCUUGGAGGCCUCAGUUCUCUCAGCAACUAUGCUGCAGCAACCAGCAGCAGCAAAAAUGUACCCUUGGGGUUUGCCCUCCCCACCGUGCUGAGGACGUGGAACUCAGGCAGUAGCAGCAGCAGCAGCAGCAGCAACAGCAGCAGCAGCAGCAGCAGCAGCAGCAGGUUUCUUUGUCGGCAUGGUGGGGGAGUAGAUGCCCUUAAUGCUGUUAGAGAGAGGGCUGCAGCAGGCCGAGGGCAGCAGCAGCUCCAGAAGCAGCAGGAGCUGCUGCUGCAGCGGCAGCGGCUCUUGCAGCUGCAGCAGCAGCUGCAGCAAAAGCAGCAGCAGCAGCGAAAACGGCGGUCGCGAAGGGAGGAAGGGAGUGGCGCAGCAGCUGCUGCUGCACCCGCUGCUGCGGCGUCCCUUGCUGCCAGUGCUGCUGCUGCUGCUGCAGCAGAAGCAGCAGAACGGGAUGCUUUGUUUGCUGCUGCUCUUUACGAGUCUGUAGAGGCAGCAAAGAGCCCACGCGAGCUGCUGCAGCUGCUGCUGCUGUUUGGAGACGUUUCUGCUGCUCCUGCUGCUGCCAGAAGCAGCAAGCCGCCGCGCCGUGCCUCUCUGCUGCAGCAGCAGCAGCAGCCGACAGAGCAGCAGCUGCUGCUGCAGCAGCACCAGCGGCAGCAGCAAAAAAUAGCAAACGCCCUUGCAGCAGGAGACACAGAAGCACUGCAGCAGCAGCCUUCUUUGCCGCUGCCGCUGCUGUGUCGCUGCAUGCAGCGGCUGGCGCAGCUGAUGCAGCAGCAGCAGCAGCAGCAGCAAACAGCCCUCGCCAUAAGCAGCAGCAGCAGCAAGCAGCAGCGGAAGAUAUUGGCCCAGUGUCUCACGCGGCUGCUGCAGGAGGUGUCGCUGCAUGCUGCUUUCUUUCUUUCCCCGCAGCAGCAGCAGCAGCAGCAGCAGCAGCAACAGCAGCAGCAGCAACAGCAAGAGCGGCUUUCGUUGCUGAUUUCUAUAGCGCGUUCCCUUUAUGAUUCUGGCCUGGCAGGAGCCCCUCGCCGACAGCGGCAGCAGCAGCAGCAGCAGCAGCAGCAGCAGCAGCAGCAGCAGCAGGCGCUGCCGCCAGCGGUGCAGCAGCAGCUGCAGCCACUGAUGGCAGCAACAGAGCUGCUGCUGCGGCGCGCAGUGUACGUACACAUUGAGGCGCUGCAGCCGCAGCAGCUGUGCGAGGUUUUGCUGCUGUUCGAGUCGCUGCGCAGCAGGCAGCAGCAGCAGCACGAGCUGCUGCAGCAGCAGCAAGGAGUGCGGGUGCUGCAGCCGCGGCAGAGACUGCACACGCCCCUGCCUCUGUGGAGCAGCGCAGCAGCAGCAGCAGCAGCUUUGCUGUUUCGUGCUGCAGUUCGGGACGAGCUGCACUGGAAGCAGCAGCAGGAGCAGCAACAGCAGCAGCUGCUGCAGCUGCAGCAGGAGCGCGACCCUGCUGCAGCAGCAGCAGCAGCAACUCGGCUGCACUGGGUCUCUUUGUCUUUGCAUGCAUUUGCUGCUCUCAGGGGCAGAGAUGGCCUCUCUCCCUCGGAGUCAGCUUUGCUGCUGCAGCGCUUUUUGCGGCUGCUGUCGAGACACAAGUCAGCAGCAGCAGCAGCAGCAGCAGCAGUAGCAGCAGCAGCAGCAGCAGCAGCAGCAGCAGUAGUCGAGCCACACCAGUAG